AUGUCUAUCGGUGUCCCCAUCAAGCUGCUCCACGAGGCCCAGGGCCACAUCAUCACCAUCGAGCUCAAGACUGGAUCCGUCUACCGCGGGACUCUCUUCGAGGCUGAGGAUAACAUGAAUGUGCAGCUCAAGGACAUCACCAUGACCGCAAGGGACGGUCGUUUGACACAACUGGAUCAGGUCUACAUUCGUGGCUCUCAUAUUCGCUUCUUUAUCGUACCAGACAUGCUCAAGAACGCACCCAUGUUCAAACAGCAAGGAGCAGCAUCAAUGAAGGGCAAAGGAAUUGGACUUGGAAGAGGCAAAGCUACACUCGAGGAGGCGGAAGAGGAGGGUUCGGUGGUCGUGGACGUGGAGGCGACAGAGGCGAACGCGGCGGCCGUGGCCGCGGCAGGGAUUAGGCUCACCCUCCACAAUCACCCACCAGCGGAUCGGAAGAUGGAGGAGUAG